AUGGAAUUAAAUAUGAAUCAAUAUGAUAACAUAGAGUCAAAUGACUCACCUCCAACUCCAUCAUCACCAGGCGAAGAGGGAAAUGUAGAAAAGAAAGAAAAGAAAUCGGGAAGAAGAAAAAUUAAUAUCGAGUUUAUUGGUGAUAAAAGUAGAAGACAUAUUACUUUUAGUAAAAGAAAAUCAGGUAUUAUGAAAAAAGCAUAUGAGCUUAGCACUUUAACAGGAACUCAAGUAUUAUUAAUUGUAGCAUCGGAAACUGGUCAUGUAUAUACUUUUGCCACACCAAAACUUCAACCUUUAAUUACAAAACAAGAAGGAAAGACCUUAAUCCAAGCAUGUUUAAAUACACCAGAUGUUCCACCAGUUUCAAAAGAUGAUGGUAAUAACAAUAAUGGUAAUAAUAGUAAUAAUAAUAAUAAUAGCAAUAAUAAUAAUAGUAGCAAUAAUAACAAUAAUGGUAACAAUAAUAAUGGUAACACCAACAAUAAUAAUGGUAAUAAUAAUAAUAGUAAUAAUAAUAAUAGUGGUAAUAACAAUAAUAAUAAUAAUAAUAAUAGCUAUAAUAAUAAUAAUAAUAAUAAUAAUAAUAAUAAUAAUAAUAAUAAUAAUAAUAAUUGCAAAGAAGAACAAAAUAUGAAUAUUCCAAAUGAAAGAAAAAGUAAGAACAAUAUUAAUAAUAAUAAUAAUAAUCAAAAUAAUAACCAAAAUAAUAACCAAAAUAACAAUAAUUUAACCCAACCAAUUCAAAAUUUACAAUUACCUUUACAACAAAAUAUUAUAGCUCAACAACAACAACAAUUAAACCAACAAGCAGCUCUUCAACAACAAAUGACUCAACAAAUUGAUCAAAAGUUAUAUAACCUACAAUUACAACAACAGCAAAUGCAACAACAACAACAAAUUCAAAAUAUUUCUGGCGGUAGCGGUAAUAACUCAAAUGGAUAUAUCAAUGGUAAUGGAAUGAAUGGUAAUAAUAAUAAUAAUAAUAAUAGUAAUAAUAUUCCAGAGUAUGGUCAAGUUAUAAUACAAUCUUAUAGAGGGUCUAAUAGUGGCGGUAAUAAUAGUAGCAAUAACACCAGCACCAAUACAAAUACAAACACAAACACAAACACCAAUAAUAAUAAUAAUAAUAGUAACAGUAGUAAUGGUAACAAUAGUAACAAUAACUCAAAUAAUAUCCUACCACAAAAUUUAACAACACCAUCACCAAUCAUUUCUCAACCACUUCCUUCUAUACCAUCACCUUCAUCAUCUUCAUCAAAUAUUGGUAACAGUGGAUAUUCAUCACCUUUUUCAACAAGUUUCUCAUAUGGUGGUUACCAGCAACCAUUUUCCAGAAAUUAUCCAUUGCAAUCUAAUAUAGCUACAAAUUCCACAGUUUCAAAGGCUCCAAGUGAUCUUUAA